AGGUCGACUCGUUGAUCAACAUGAGUCCUGUACAGUUUGCCAUCAGUGUUACAUUUUUGCUAUUCAAAAUUGCUCAAACGGUUCACCAGGUCUCAUCUGUUCAACAAGACAGUCGGUUUGUUUCAGUAAAAGCUGGAGAAAGUGUAACUCUGCAAUGCUUUCGUGACCCUGAUACAGCUGCCAGGGCUUACUGGUACAAAGUAACUUUGCGUCAAAAACCACAACUCAUUUCUACUGUCUUCAAGUACGACCCCAAAGGAACUUUUCAAAGAGAGUUCAAAGAUAAUCCCCGCUUCACCCUAGAAACUAAAGGAAAUCUAAAUAACCUGAGGAUUACAAAUCUGCAGCCCUCUGACUCAGCGACUUAUUAUUGUGUUACUGGGCAUUCAUUCAAGAUUGAGUUUGAUGGGGGCACCGUCAUUCACGUCCAAGAAUCAGUAUUAAACAUCCAGCCUUUGGUCCAACAGUCAGAAACUGAAAUUAUCCCACCAGGAGACUCUGUGACUCUGAACUGUACAUUACAAACUGGGAGCUGUGGUGGAGAACACAGAGUUUACUGGUUCAGAAACUCUGAGGAACAUUAUCCAGGACUAAUUUACACUCAUGGAGGGAGCAACCAUCAAUGUGAGAGGAAGCCUGGGGAACAAAGUAAUACAUGUGUGGUCAGUCUGCCAUUGAAGAACCUCACUGUGUCCAACGCUGGGACCUACUACUGUGCUGUUGCCUCAUGUGGACGAAUACUGUUUGGAAACGGGACAAACCUCAAUGUGAAGAGUGAGUAA